UAUUGUAAGUAACUUAACACUGUAAGUCACUUUGGAGAAAAGUGUGAGAUGAAUGUAAACCAGAGGCUGGAUAAGUGACAACAUCCCGUGUGAAAAGUUCACAGCCCAAUAAAGACUCACAGCAGUGUGUUGUGUCACUAUGAAUUAUAACUGAAAAAUAAUGUGUUUACAGACACAAACACAUGUUUGAUGGCCCAAAAUACACCAAUGGAUGAGAGUAAGGGACUAGAAGACAGUGAAGCAGCAGCAGCAGCAGCGUCUGAAGAGAAGGAAGGUAAAAAAGGGAAGAACAAGAAGUCAAGAGGAAUUUUUGCUAUAAGGAAGCCGAAGAAGAGAAAUGAAUCUGCUCCAGUAAGAAACACGAGUUCAUGCGGCCAAAACACAUCAGAGGACGACAAAAAGACAGAGGGACACAUGGACUCACCAGCAGAGAUCAUUAAGAAGGAAGGAGGAAAAGCAGCGGAUGAAAAGCAGGAGAACAGAGUACCAGAUUCCACACAGAUGUCAGCAGAUACAAGCUUUGUUGAGGACAGACCAGCCAACAAGAGCAAUGAGGGCAAGGGCAUGAAGCAGAAUAUCCCGGAAGAAAGAGGUGAGAUGGAAGGUGUGGAAGUAAAAGCGGAAAAGGGAGGCGCAGACACAAACACAUGUUUGAUGGCCCAAAAUACACCAAUGGAUGAGAGUAAGGGACUAGAAGACAGUGAAACAGCAGCAGCAGCAGCAGCGUCUGAAGAGAAGGAAGGUAAAAAAGGGAAGAACAAGAAGUCAAGAGGAAUUUUUCCUAUAAGGAAGCCGAAGAAGAGAAAUGAAUCUGCUCCAGUAAGAAACACGAGUUCAUGCGGCCAAAACACAUCAGAGGACGACAAAAAGACAGAGGGACACAUGGACUCACCAGCAGAGGUCAUUAAGAAGGAAGGAGGAAAAGUGGCAGAUGAAAAGCAGGAGAGCAAAGUUUCAGAAACAAGCACAGAUCGGCUGUCCCAUAAUAAUUCAAUGGGUGAGAAUAAAAGACCUGAAGACAAUGAAUCAACAACAGCCCCGAAUGAGAAGGAAGGAAAAAAGAUGAAGAAAAAUAAGAAGAAAGAGAAAAAAAGCAAAAAGUAGAAAGUUAACAUGGAGGAAAAUGAAAAAUCAGCCAGGUAACAUUCGGAAAUGCUGUUUACACACGGUUUCUCAUCUGUAACCCCACAAAAAUUCAAUAAACAAUUACAGAGUUUUAAACAAGCAUUAAACAAUUCAAUGGAUAAAACAUUAAAAUUAGAGUAAAUAGUACCUACAUUUAGUGUGUGUGUGUGUGUGUGUGUGCAUGAA